AUGGACCCCGCGGUGCCCAAAGCCACGCUGAAGGUGCUGGGGCUGUGCGUGGCGCUGCUGGUGCUGGUGGCGGCGGUGACAGUCUCGGUGGCCGUGCUGCUGUGGCGCUCGGAGGUUCUGGGGAUGCUGCGGGGCUGCCGGGAGCGGGCGGCCAACGAGAGCCGGGUGCUGGAGCUGCGCCUGGCCGAGCUGGAGCAGGAUCGUGCCCGGCUGCAGCGCGCCGCGGCCGAGAGCGCGCGGGCAGAGGAUGCUCGGCGCCGGGAGCUGGCCCAAGCACGCGAGGAGGGCGAGAAGCUCAAUUCCAGCUUGGCGUCCUGCCGGGAGCGGGCGGCCAGGCUGGAGGCCAACGCGACGGCGCUGCGGGACGAGGCGCUGGCGCUGCGGCGCGAGCGGGCUGAGCUGGCCCGCAGGAACGCGGCUCUGCAAGAGGAGCUGGCAAAGGGCGCAGAGCAGGCGAAGGGGCUGCGGCAGCGGCUGGAGGAGGCGGAGGAGCAGCGGCGAGCGCUGCGGGCACGCGGGGAGAAGUGUGAGGCUCGGCAGAAAGAGCUCGAGAAAACCCUGAGGGACUACGCGGCCGAGGCGGAGGUGCUGCGACGGCGGCGGAUGGGGUCCCGCACGGCCAGGCGCAGGAAGGGCUGAAGCCCCGCAGCAUCCUUCCUGCCCCCCCUUUUACCAGCACACCGACCGCACUUGGGUACGGCACCGCCACCGCGCCAGCACGGCUGCGGCCCCCCCUGCACCCACCUGGGCUCAGCCGAAGCGGGGUGCUGGGGGUGCCGGGGCCGAGCCCAUCAUUCCCAGUCCCACAGCGCCCCUUAGCACUGGGACCCAGCAGCAGCUCAGCCCUGCUGCGCCGGGCAGCAUCGGAGCGGAGCCGUCGCAGCAAGACCACCGGCGCUGCCCUCGCCCGCGUCCCACCGCAUCGCGGGCACCCAGGGACCGGGCUCGGGCAGUUUCGGGUGCUGGAAGCCUUUGCUGGCCACCACCUGCUUGUCGCAGCUGAUUUAUUGGAACAGGUUCAUGUCCUGAGGUUAUCCAAAAGGAUUUAUUAAUCGUUAACUCUAUUUAUCCGUGGAUUAAACAGAAGUGGUGGUCAAGCACCUG